GGAGUCUUGCUCUGUCUCCCAGGCUGGAGUGCAGUGACGCGAUCUCAGCUCACUGCAAACUCCGCCUCCCGGAUUCAUGCCAUUCUUCCGCCUCAGCCUCCCCAGUAGCUGGGACUACAGGCGCCCGCCAACCACGCCCGGCUAAUAUUUUGUAUUUUUAGUAGAGACAGGGUUUCACCGUGUUAGCCACGAUGGUCUCGAUCUCCUGACCUCGUGAUCCGCCAGCCUCGGCCUCCCAAAGUACUGGGAUUACAGGUGUGAGCCACCGCGCCCGGCCGAUUGGAAACUUUUAAGAACUCCUCCUAUUUUGAGAAUUCAGAAAUUUAUUUAUAGCUUUCUUUUUUUUUUUUGAGACGGUGUCUCGCUCUGUCACCCAGGCUGGAGUGCAGUGGCGCGAUCUCGGUUCACUGCAAGCCCCGCCUCCCGGGUUCACGCCAUUCUCCUGCCUCAGCCUCUCCGAGUAGCUGGGACUACAGGCGCCCGCCACCACGCCCGGCUAAUUUUUUGUAUUUUUAGUAGAGACGGGAUUUCACCAUGGUCUCGAUCUCCUGACCUCGUGAUCCGCCCGCCUCGGCCUCCCAAAGUGCUGGGAUUACAAGCGUGAGCCACCGCGCCCAGCCUAUUUAUAGCUUUCGUAAAAUAGAGUGAAGACUCUUACAGACCUAUGUUACAUUAGCAGGCGCUCAAUCUUUGUGGUCCCAGAGAGAGCACGGAGAUGACAGCGUAUAUGCAUUUUGGUGCUGACGUGGACCUGGAGUGUGGACAGAGGAGUUACCAAGAAGAAUCCCAGAGACCAGGAUGUAAACUCUCAAUUCUAAUCAACACAGGUGUGGGCUCCGGGUCUGAGACACCAUUCAUCUCACACGAGGUAUGGCGAUAUCCGACACCACCCAGUACAACAGCUCUCUCUCCACCUGAAACCCGGACCCAGCUUGAUUCGCGGGUACCGGAUGAUGACGUAUCCUUGCACCUCGCGAUGAUUGGUUGGCGUAGAGGGGCGUCGUCCGUCAACGCAACUCGGAACCCCGACCUAUGUUAUCGCGAGAGUUAGCGGCCUCCGGUGUGGGAUGGCCGCGGAGCCGGGCGGAGCUGGCCUGCGGCUCCCGGGGCCGGCUCUCCGGCCGGAGACAUGGCCCGGGGGCCCGGCCCGCUAGGCAGGCCUCGCCCCGAUACGGUCGCCAUGCCCAAGAGAGGAAAGCGACUCAAGUUCCGGGCCCACGACGCCUGCUCCGGCCGAGUGACCGUGGCGGAUUACGCCAACUCGGAUCCGGCGGUCGUGAGGUCUGGACGAGUCAAGAAAGCCGUAGCCAACGCUGUUCAGCAGGAAGUAAAAUCUCUUUGUGGCUUGGAAGCCUCUCAGGUUCCUGCAGAGGAAGCUCUUUCUGGGGUUGGUGAGCCCUGUGACAUCAUCGACAGCAGUGAUGAGAUGGAUGCUCAGGAGGAAAGCAUUCAUGAGAGAACUGUCUCCAGAAAAAAGAAAAGCAAGAGACACAAAGAAGAACUGGACGGGGCUGGAGGAGAAGAGUAUCCCAUGGAUAUUUGGCUAUUGCUGGCCUCCUAUAUCCGUCCUGAGGACAUUGUGAAUUUUUCCCUGAUUUGUAAGAAUGCCUGGACUGUCACUUGCACUGCUGCCUUUUGGACCAGGUUGUACCGAAGGCACUACACGCUGGAUGCUUCCCUCCCUUUGCGUCUGCGACCAGAGUCAAUGGAGAAGCUGCGCUGUCUCCGGGCUUGUGUGAUCCGAUCUCUGUACCAUAUGUACGAGCCAUUUGCUGCUCGAAUCUCCAAGAAUCCAGCCAUUCCAGAAAGCACCCCCAGCACAUUAAAGAAUUCCAAAUGCUUACUUUUCUGGUGCAGAAAGAUUGUUGGGAACAGACAGGAACCAAUGUGGGAAUUCAACUUCAAGUUCAAAAAACAGUCCCCUAGGUUAAAGAGCAAAUGUACAGGAGGAUUGCAGCCUCCCGUUCAGUACGAAGAUGUUCAUACCAAUCCAGACCAGGACUGCUGCCUACUGCAGGUCACCACCCUCAAUUUCAUCUUUAUUCCGAUUGUCAUGGGAAUGAUAUUUACUCUGUUUACUAUCAAUGUGAGCACGGACAUGCGGCAUCAUCGAGUGAGACUGGUGUUCCAAGAUUCCCCUGUCCAUGGUGGUCGGAAACUGCGCAGUGAACAGGGUGUGCAAGUCAUCCUGGACCCAGUGCACAGCGUUCGGCUCUUUGACUGGUGGCAUCCUCAGUACCCAUUCUCCCUGAGAGCAUAGUUACUGCUUCCCAUCCCUUGGGGGCAGCCUCGAGUCUAGUCCAUUAGUAAUCAGAUUCCAGUUUGGACAGGGUGGCUGGAUUGUAUAUCUAGUUAGUAAUGUACAUGCUCUUCAGGUUCUAGGGCUCCUGUUAGGGGAGGGAGAAAUGUUGAAUCAAGAGGGAAAACAACUACUAUGAUUUAUAAACAUAUUUUAAUGUAAAAAUUUGCAUUUAAAAGGAGUGGCCCUGUUUUCUGUGUUAAAACCCCAUUUGGUGCUAUUGAGUUUGUUCUUUAUUCUUUUAUCCCAGUGAAAAUUGUUGAUCUUGCUGUAGGGAAAAAUUAAACUCUUUGAAUCUCCAAACCAGGAAGUUUCAGCAUUCCCUUAUGGAUCAGAGGAAACUUAGAGGCCUGAAAUUGUUGCUUCCAGUUUAGCUGCCCCUCAAAUUCAAGUGAAUAUUUUCCCUUCUCCCUUUACCCUUCUCCAGAAAUAAAGCAGGUGACAGGGUUUUCAGAAUCUUACCAGAUUGACUUGUGUAUCUUUUUUAAAAAAUAAUUUGUGAUAUUUAUUGCAUACAUUUUCUUUUGCCAGUUUUGGAUUUUAGGUAUUUUUUUGCAUGAGGCUGAUAGUGGUGAUGAUGACUUUAUACCCUUGGUACUGUACUAGGAACUUUACAUAGUAUCUCUACUUCUCACAGUCUUGCAAAGUAGGUGAUAUUAUUCCCAUUUUAUGGUUGAGAAAACAGAAUUAGUGACUGUACCUAUAACACCAGUAAAUGCAGAGCCAAGAUUCUGACCCAGGUCUUUUUGUUAUACCAUAAUUUUAAAAGAUGAGUCUCAUUUUUUCUUGUGGUAGAUGGUGGUAAAAGGGAGUAGGCAGAGUGUACAUAGAUAGUAAAAGGGUAAGUAAAAAAUUGAUUGUGGUAUACCUUACUCUAAUCAGCCGAAAAAGUAUAGAAGAUUGAUGAAAUGACCUUUUAAAUAUGUAUUUCUGAGUAAAAUGUAAAACCAAGAAAGUUAUUUCAGGAAGGAUAGUGAUACUUUCAUUGAACUGUUAGAAAGGCAUUUAUUAGGCUAAAACGUCAUUAACAAAAUGCAUUGCAUGUUGAAACCAGCCUCUUGAACCAUAAGCACUUAGCGACUUUGCUCUGCCCUGUACUGUGCUGCUUCUGCUGUCAUCCUGUGUGCCUACAGAAGCCUGGUCUUCCGUCCAUGCAGAAAUGCUUAUGUCCUCCUGUUGUUUAGAUGACUCCUGUUGUUCAGGUGUACUCUGAGAAGAGAAUCACAAAUGUUUUUCUGUUUUGCUAAGAAGAAAACCUUGCUGCUUGUCUCUCCUCCCACCCUCCACCAUCCAAAAUUAACCAGCGAGCUGGAUAUUACCUGGAUAUUGCCAGGAGGUGGGCAUUAAGACAGUAUUCUUUAAAAAUGAAAAUCUUGUGGAGGAAAAUCUUGUGAGGCAAAUUGCUAAAUUCGCUUUUUUUUUUUUUUUAAACCAUCUUCCCUAGGAAUAUUCUUAGAAAGCAUCUGCUUAAUUUUGCUGCUAACAGCUAACCUUAUCCCACGUUGAGGGUGGUAUUAAAACUGUUCACACAGAGUGAGCCUGGGUCAGUCAAAAACAGAAUUCGGGCAUUUAAGUGAUAACAGACAGAAAACCUAAGGACAGCGAGCACUUUGCAGAUCUCUACAAGGAAAAGUUGCCUCUCUGAGGCAGGAGGAGAGAAGCACAGUCCCUGCCUGGUUGCUGGAACUGAAGAUGCCAUGGAGCAGGAGUGUCUUGGUGCAUUGUUCCCCGCUUAGGAGUACCUUUAAAAAGGGGGUGAAAUAAAUUUGGCUUAAUAAUUGUA